CACUAAACCCUCAAUCAUGCAAAACAAAAAAUUAUCUCCAUCAAGAAUCAAUGACAAAUACAUGAUCCUCCUCUCUUACUACAGCCAUUAUAAAAUCCCCUCCGAUCCUCUGCUUUGAUCCGGUUACCAUCUCCCUUUAUCACCAUUACCAACCUUUAGCACCAUCAUCUCUUUCUUCAGUAAAUGCAAAGCGGCGUAGGCUGCAAAAUCUGACAAAUCUCCAUGCUUUUUUGUUAUUACCAAUCUCUAGUAACUACAAAACUGCAAAGCGAGCAUGUACUUUGCUUUUUUGUUUCUUGAUUCGAUCCUUAACUAACGUCGUAGGCUCAAGUGAAACAAAAUUAAACAACAAAAACACUAUCCGUACCUUACAGGCAAAAAAAAAAUAAUCUCGAAAUGUUUGAAAGUUUGAAGUACCUCACCGGCUCAGCCGGAGCAAGUGGCUAUGGCUCUAAGUCCACCGGCGAGCAAGUAACUGAAAACUGCGGCGAUCUGCAUUCCAUAACGGCCAUCAUCACUGGUGCCACAUCCGGGAUAGGAGCGGAGACGGCAAGAGUGCUGGCGAAGAGAGGUGCGAGGCUGGUGUUGCCGGCUAGGAGCCUGAAAGCCGCCGAAGAUGCCAAGGCAAGAAUUAUAUCAGAGAAUCCGGAUACGGAGAUCAUUGUUAUGGGGCUUGAUCUUAGCUCUCUCAACUCUGUUCGAAACUUUGUUUCAGAGUUUGAGUCCUUCGACUUGCCUCUCAAUCUCCUCAUAAAUAAUGCUGGAAAGUUUGCGCACGAGCAUGCAAUCUCUGAAGAUGGGAUAGAGAUGACCUUCGCUACUAAUUUUCUAGGUCACUUUUUAUUGACAAAAUUGUUAUUGAAGAAGAUGAUUGAAACAGCAAAAACAACUGGGAUUCAAGGCAGAAUAGUGAAUGUCUCAUCGAGUAUUUACAAUUGGUUUUCAGGCGAUCCGAUCCGAUAUCUUGGCCAAAUAUCCCGAAACAAAUUACGUGAUUUCGAUCCUACACGUGCAUAUGCUCUCUCGAAGCUCGCUAAUGUUUUGCACACCAAGGAGCUUGCUCAGAGACUGAAGCAAAUGGAGGCCAACGUGACUGUGAAUUGUGUUCAUCCAGGAGUUGUAAGAACUAGACUCACUAGAGAACGAGAAGGCAUAGUCACAGAUAUGGCAUUUUUCUUGACUUCCAAGCUCUUGAAAACAAUUCCUCAGGCUGCUGCGACAACAUGCUAUGUGGCAACACAUCCGAGGCUAGUAAAUGUGACUGGAAAGUACUUUUCGGAUUGCAAUGAAGCCUCAACGUCCAAAUUGGGAUCCAACUCAACGGAAGCUGCUCGAUUAUGGACUGCCUCGGAAAUCAUGGUUUCUAGAGGCUCAAAAGCAGUUUUUGACCCACUCACUAGUACCUUAGAUUAUGAUAUAUCAAUAAAACAAUUCAAAUAAAAGAAAAGAAAAGAAAAAGCAAGAUCGUUAGGGACAGAGAAGAAGAGGAAGAACCAACAAGUUUAGAGAACUGGUGGAUAAAAGCUAGAGACAUAUCAUACAAAAAUGUAUACAGCUUAAUUAGAGUAUUUAAAUUAAUUAGUAUAUGGCAUAGAUGCUUAGACAUUAUACUACUUUAAAUAUUAUAUGUACUUAAGGUUUAUGAUAUUCUUAGUGGUCGUACGUGUUGUAGUGAUGUUUUUCUUUUGUUAGUUGUUUAACGAGUUAAUUUUGCUUUAAACAAUGCUAAA